CAACACACCUCCACUUGAUACCUUUGCUCCAUCUCAAGCUCACCAACCAGCUCCUCCCUCAAUUUCUAUCUCCUUCAAUCACUAGACUCACCAUACCCACGGUCUCCCAUCAGCACCUUCUCUCAUUUCCUUUUCUAUGACGCUGCCAAUUCCCCUUUCAACACCCUUGCUCCCACCACUGUCUCAGUUCCUUUCUUUUUAAACCCAACUCUUCGCCACCUCCAGCUCCUCCUCAUCGCCACGAUACCCAAAACCAGAGCCCUCUUCACUUGUACAGCUUCAUCCAUUUCUCCACCACUCUCCAUCUUUAUCGACACCCCAAACCUAUAGCACGUACUCUCUGUCAAUCCUCACCCAACCCGUUAAUAGAAUAGAUUUCCUCUCACGGAAGAACAUCUAGGUAUUCUUUCAACAGUAGAGAUUUAAUGCUGCAAGAAAUCAGAGUACUCAUUUUCAUUCUAAGGUUACAGAAUCACAAGCCAUCAUUGUCGAUUCCAAAUAGAAAUUUCAUUUCCAGUGCUGCUCUUCUCAUUUCCACCGCCUCCCUCCCUCCAUCGUGCCAGACCAGGGAUGAUGACUGCCCAUUUCGACGUUGCAGGUCUUUGUAGCACUUGUGUUACUAUCAUAGAGUAUCAGUCAAAAUAGCCAUACCUACGAAGCAGUGGAGCAUGAAGACAAGUCCCCCCACCCCACGUUGCUGCAAUGGGUCAGCCGCUUCCCUUCGAGUGAGUAUAGACUGCACGUAUGGCUAUACAUGCAUGGAAGUUAUGGCAUGCCAGGAAUGAAAGAUUGUGGGUCAAUAAAGUUUUGUCACCCAGUGAGGUUCAUCAUGCUGCUAGUUCCUAUUUUAAUGAUUAUGUGGCUUCACUUGUGUCUCGACCAAGGACGUUAUCCCACCCAUCUGUUCCUCGUGUGCUCCCAUUGGUUGAGGCUACCACUCUUGAAGUUGAUUGGAUUGCAUUCAUUGAUUGUGCAGUCUUUGCUAGUGCUGAUUUGUUCGGUUUUGCAGCAGUAUUUGAGGACUUGGAAGGCUUCUUUUCCAUUGCAAUUUCGGGUUUCUAUGAGGGGGGUGGGCAACCUGUUAUUGCUGAAGCUUUGGCCUUGCGUCAAUGUUUAUCUUAUGCUAGAGAUUGUUUUCUUCAGGCGGGUUGUAUUUUUACGGAUAACCAAUCCUUAGCCUUGGCUAUUCGCUCUCCUCUGGAUGACUUUUCAGAGUUUGGAUUAGUUGUUUCUGAUUGCAAAGAUAUUAUGCGGUCUCAGGGUAACAUUCAUGUUUGUUGGGUACGGCGUUCAGAAAAUAGAGCCGCCCAUUUAUUAGCUAGAGAGUCUAUUCAUCAUGGUAGAUUCAAGAUUUGGAUUGACAUUCCUGAUUGUCUCUUGGAUUAUUAUUCUACAAGAUAAAUAAAGUUUUUCUUGAUU